CCCCGGGCCAGCCACCGGGGCGCGGCGCGGCUGGAGAAGUUGGCGAGGAGGCCCGGAGAAGCCAGGAGUUUCCAUGCUGUGCUCCCACGUGAACUCUGGAUCCAUCUGGCCGUGGUGGCCUGUGGCAAUCGGCUGGAGGAGACGCUGGUCAUGCUCAAAUCAGCAGUGCUCUUUAGCCACAGGAAGAUGCACUUUCACAUCUUCACAGAAGACUCUCUGAAGUCCGAGUUUGAUAAACAGUUACGACAGUGGCCCGACUCAUAUACAAAGAAAUUUGAGCACAAAAUCUACCCCAUCACAUUUUCUGUUGGAAACCCUCAGGAAUGGAAGAAAUUAUUCAAACCCUGUGCUGCCCAGAGACUCUUUCUUCCGGUGAUUUUAAAGGAUGUCGACUCGCUUCUGUAUGUGGACACAGAUGUUCUCUUUCUGAGACCUGUCGAUGACAUCUGGAAGCUUCUGAAGCAGUUUAACUCCACCCAGCUUGCAGCUAUGGCCCCGGAGCACGAAGUCCCAAAGACAGGCUGGUACAGCCGCUUUGCUAGGCACCCUUUCUAUGGCUCUGCGGGAGUCAACUCAGGGGUCAUGCUGAUGAACUUAACACGCAUAAGAAGUACCCAGUUCAAGAACAGCCUGAGUCCUACAGGCCUGGCUUGGGAAGAGAUGCUGUUGCCUCUGUACCAGAAGUACAAGAAUUCCAUCACAUGGGGGGACCAGGAUUUGCUUAACAUCAUCUUCUAUUUCAACCCAGAGUGUCUUUAUGUGUUCCCCUGCCAGUGGAACUACCGUCCAGACCACUGCAUGUACGGGAGCAACUGCAAAGAGGCUGAGCGCGAAGGCGUAUCGGUGGUGCAUGGGAACCGGGGUGUCUACCAUGACGACAAGCAACCAACUUUCAAAGCGCUCUAUGAAGCAAUACGGGACUUUCCCUUUCAAGACAAUCUCUUUCAAUCCAUGUAUUACCCGCUCCAGCUGAAGUUUUUGGAGACGGUACACACUUUAUGUGGCCGCAUCCCCCAGGUGUUCCUGAAGCAAAUUGAGAAAACAAUGAGAAGAGCUUACGAGAGACAUGUCAUCAUCCACGUUGGUCCCAAUCACAUGCGCUGAGCAUUUCAUCUUGUCACCGUGGACAUAUGGGUCUUUAUGCUACCUGGCUCUUUUCGAGUGUGAUUGAUCAUUGAAUGGUGCUCCAUGACUGUUGAG